GAUCGAAGAUUGGAAUGGACGGUGGGGAGCGGCGACGGGACGGGAGAAAACCCUAGCGGCCGAGAUCUCGCGAUAUUUCUUCACCAGAAGAGGGUCUCUUCUUGGUUCGAAAAAAGAGACGCGUUUUGAGAAGACGAAGGCGCCGGCGAGAAAUCGGACGCUGCCGGCGAGAAAUUUGCGCUCCUUCCUUCCCGGAGCUCGCUCUCUCCAGCGUCUCUUCGCUCUCCGUCAGCCCCUUCCAACUCUUCUCCUCGUUUGAAAAGCUCGUGUAUUUUAGGUAACUUAUUGGAGACAGUUCCUUCAUUACCAUGGUACGGGAGAAAGAUGUUUGUUGGGAAUAUUGUGAUAAGAUGGAGGGAAACAAGGUUAGAUGCAAAUUUUGCCUCAGAGUCUUGAAUGGGGGCAUUAGUAGAUUGAAAUUUCAUUUGUCUCGGCUGCCAAGCAAAGGGGUCCAACCAUGUAGCAAAGUAAGAGAUGAAGUUACUGAGAGGGUGAAAGCAAUUAUAGCAACGAAAGAGGAGGAGAAGGAAAGUGCCAAUGCUAAAAAACAACGACUUGCUGAAGCUAAAUCUCCUAGAAUAGUUUCUAGUCCAAAAGUGCCUAUGCCCCCUGUUGAGACAACGCCUCCUGUAGUGAAACUUCUUACUGGAUGUACAACCGUCAGGCCUCAGCCUUCUUUGGAAGUAGAGAGAUGUAUUGCUGAAUUCUUUUUUGAAAACAAAUUGGAUGUCAGUGUCGCAAACACUUCCUCGUAUCUGCUUAUGCUUGAGGCAAUUGGUGGCCCAGGAUUCAAAGGGCCAUCAGCAGAAGCUCUGAGGACAACAUGGUUGCAAAAGCUCAAAUCUGAAAUCACUUUACAAAUAAAAGAUAUAGAAAAAGACUGGGCAACGACGGGUUGUACGAUCAUAGCUGAGACAUGGACAGAUAACAAAUCAAGAGCCUUAAUCAAUUUCUUUGCAUCAUCUCCCCUGGGAACCUUUUUUCACAAAUCUGUCGAUGCAUCUACAUACUUCAAGAAUACCAAAUGCCUCUGUGAUUUGUUUGAUUCAAUUAUACUAGAUUUUGGCCCAGAAAAUGUUGUCCAAGUAAUCACAGACAAUGCCUUGAAUUAUGCAAAUGUGGGAAAUCACAUCAUGCAGAACUACAGCACUAUCUUCUGGUCGCCUUGUGCUUCACAUUGUCUGAAUUUGAUCUUAGAAGACUUUUCCAAGAUUGACUGGGUGAAUAGAUGUAUCUUACAAGCACAAUCUAUCACAAGAUUUAUAUAUAACCAUACUUGGCUGCGUGAUUUAAUUAGAAAAUUCACUGGUGGUCAGGAGAUUGUUCGUACUGGUAUUACGAAGUCUACGUCAAUCUUUCUUACUUUGCAGUCAAUAUUGAAACACAAAUCAAGAUUGAAACAUAUGUUCAACUCUCCAGAAUAUUCAUCUUCUCCUUAUGCAAAUAGACCUCAUAGUAUGGCUUGCAUUGACAUUCUCGAUGACAAUGAAUUUUGGAGAGCAGUUGAAGAAAUUGCAGCUGUUUCUGAACCUCUGUUGAAGGUACUGAGGGAUGUCUCCGGAGGGAAACCAGCAAUUGGUUCUAUAUAUGAAUCUAUGACCAAGGCAAAGGACUCUAUAAGGACCUACUACAUAAUGGAUGAAGGAAAAUGCAAGACAUUUCUAGACAUAGUUGAUAGAAGGUGGCAGAAUCAGCUUCAUUCACCCCUCCAUGCAGCAGCAGCCUAUCUGAAUCCUAGCAUUCAGUACAAUCCAGAAGUUAAAUUUCUUGGAAUCAUUAAAGAGGAGUUCAUUGCUGUUCUGGACAAACUACUGCCAACUCCUGAACUGAGACAUGAUAUCACAGCUCAAAUAUUUGUGUUUAGAAAGGCACAAGGGAUGUUUGGAUCCAAUCUAGCUAGAGAGGCACGCACCACCACCUUUCCUGGUAUGUGGUGGGAACAGUAUGGUGAUUCAGCACCGGGUCUUCAACGUGUUGCUGUUAGAAUACUUAGUCAGGUUUGCAGUACGUCUACCUUUGAGAGAAACUGGAGCACAGUUCAGCAGAUUCACUCAGAAAGACAUAAUAGACUGGAUAAGGAGACAACAAGUGAUCUUCUUUAUGUUCACUACAAUCUCAAGCUUCGCUCAAGGGGAAAGCCAGCAGAUGUGGAUCCUAUUGUACUCGAUGAAAUAGACAUGACCUCGGAUUGGGUGGAAGAGACUGAAAACCCAAAUCCAACACAGUGGCUAGAUCGAUUUAGUUCUGCCUUGGAUGGGGGGGACUUGAAUACUAGGCAGUUCAGUAGUGCCAUUUUCGGCUCAAAUGACCAUAUAUUUGGUUUGUGAUGGUAUCCUGUACAAAAUAAAGUUUGGACAAAUUAUGUUAAAUAUGUCAUAUAUAAGUCUUCCUUCAUAAUUUAUUACUUCAGCCUUAA